AUAUAGUUUAGUUACGAUUUCGAAAACGACCCGACGCGUCCGCCGCCGGCGACAAUACCCGAUUUCUCGAAUCGAUCCCACAAAUCGAGCUUCGUCUCUCUUACGUUGUACGGUGUUGUGCUCAGUGCAGUGCCUUAAAGGAUUACUUUCCUUGAAGUUUACGGUUGAAGAGCCAGCCUCUUCACUUAUCCGCGGAGCGUCCGCCCCCGGGAUGCCCAGCUAGCGAACAUGGGGACGGACGACUUAGCGCCGAGCUUCACGCAGAAGCCUCAGCUGCGUCAGGAGGACGAUGGCAACAAGCUCGUCUUCGAGUGCCAGCUGGUGGCCGCGCCGAAACCGGACAUCUGCUGGUACCGCAGCGAUGAACUGCUCAAGGAGGAUACUAGAACUAAAUUUAAGAUCCAGAGCAUCGAGAAGAACAAGUUCUUGGUGGUGCUCGAGUUGGACGACGUGAUCGAGAGCGACGCGGGGCUGUACAAAGUUAAAGCUAAGAACAAGAUGGGCGAGGUGGCCGCCUCCAUCAAUCUUAACUUCAGCCCCGCUGACGAAGACAAACAAAAACAAGUGGACGGUAAAGCGCCAACGUUCGCGCGCAAGCCCGCCAUCCGGCAGGAGGAUGACGGCAAGCGGCUCAUCUUCGAGUGCCGCAUCGAGGCGGAGCCCGUGCCCACGGUCGCCUGGUUCCACAACACGGCCGAGGUCAACCCUGGCGCGAGGCAUAAGUUAACAGUAAGCAAAGACGGAAAGUCUUACUAUGCCUCACUGGAAAUCGCAAACGUGACCGUGGAAGACGCGGGCAAAUACAAGGUCACCGCCAAGAACGAACUCGGCGAAAGCAACGCCACGAUCAGCCUGAACUUCGACAGCGAUGAAGCGCCCGUUCCUGAGGACUAUAUCAAACCGACGUUCACGGAAAGACCCGUCAUCAGGCAAUCGGAGGAUGGUACAAAAAUCACAUUCGAAUGCAGAUGUGUUGGCAAACCGAAACCAACCGUCGCAUGGUACCAUGGCAAAAAACUAAUAAAAGAAAGUAGUCGACAUAAAAUAACAUUAGAAGAGGACCAAACAUUAUAUCAUAUAGCGCGAUUAGAAAUCAUAGGCGUAGAAAAUACGGACAAAGGAGAAUACCGGGCAUUGGCGAAAAACAAACAUGGUGAAGGCGUAGCGAAAAUAAAUCUCAACUUUGAAAGUGGAGAUAAACCGAAAAUUCCCGAUGGUAAAGCACCAAGAUUCCCCAAAAAGCCGACGAUAAGACAGGAGGGGGAUGUAUUAAUAAUGGAAUGCAUACUCGAAGCGUAUCCCGUCCCAGACAUCGUGUGGUUCCACGGGGAAAAGGAACUUAAAGAUGGAUCAAAAAUGAAGAUGUCCCGAAAAGCGACGGGAAAAGACACGUUUAAUUUGACUUUAGAAAUAUUAGGCCCCACUAGGGAAGACGGUGGCAAUUAUAGGUGCAAUGCCUUCAACUUGUUUGGUGAGAGUAAUGCAAACAUUGCUCUCAAUUUCCAAGGUGGGGAUGACGAGAACGGUUUCGCACCAUCGUUCAUAGAGAAACCUCGAAUCAUUCCCAACGAAGAUGGCACACUCAUCACAAUGCGUUGUGUGUGCAAGGCAAAGCCGGCGGCUGAAGUAACAUGGUACAGAGGCACGACCGCAAUUAAAGCUAGCAGUAAGAUUGAGAUCAAAUCGAGUGUGAUAAGUGAGGAUGUUUACGAAUUGGUAUUACUUUUGUCAAACCCGACGGGAGCGGAUGGUGGCGCUUACCGCUGUCACGUCAAGAAUGAAUACGGCGAAAGCAAUGCUAACUUAAACCUCAACAUCGAGGCCGAGCCGGAACCAGAAGGCGAAGGCCCAACAUUUGUCGAGAAACCGACAAUCCAAUCAAAAGAUAACGGUAAACUAGUAACCAUGGGAUGCAAGGUUAAAGCUAGCCCGAAACCGACCAUCGUGUGGUACCAUGAGGGUAAGGAAAUCAAAGACUCAUCGAAAAUCAAGACCAGAGUCGAAGUAAAGGAAGAUAUAUACACAAUUAUUUUGGAACUCAUCGAUCCUGGUAUUGAAGACUCCGGAUUAUAUAAAUGCAACAUUAAAAACGAACUUGGGGAGCUCAAUGCAAAUCUUACGCUCAAUAUUGAAAUCAUUCCAGUUAUCAAAGAAAAACCAAAGGUCAUUAAGAUAGUUAAAAAGAAGACUGUUAUUGUUGAAUGUAAAGUAUUAAGUAAAUUUGCACCAGCUUGUACCUGGUUCAAGGAAGCAGGUGCUGUCAAGGAGGACUCAAGACACACUGUGCUUAUUGAGCCUCUUAGAGAGGGCGAAUUCACAGUCAAAUUGGAAAUCUCAAACGUUUCACAAACCGACAAGGGAUCAUACAAGCUCGUGGCCAAGAACGAAAAGGGCGAGGCAUCGUCACAAGUAGUCGAAAUCACUGAAAUCCCUGAACCUCAGGGCGACAAGCCACAGAUCAUCAAACACUUCAGGAGCCUGGCCAAGAGAGAAAACGAGGAGGCAGAGUUCGUUGCUGUCCUCAAAACAUCGGACCAGUCGUGCAGAUGCACCUGGUACAAGAACUCCACAGUCAUCAGGGACUCGUCUGAGGUCAACACGUCAUUCGACGGGACCAACGCGCGCCUGAUCAUCAGGAAGGUGUCCUCCAAAUACUUGGCCACGUACCGCGUGGUUAUAAAGAACGAGUUUGGAGAGGACGAGUCCAGUGCUGACUUGACGAUUGUGGAGGAAAAGAAGAAGAAAAAGGAGGAAGAGGAAGAAGAAAAGAUGGAAGAAGAAGAAGAAGAGAAGACGGUCAUCGAAUCAGAAGAAGAGAUGUCGAUCGUCGAAGAAAGAUCGGUGGCUGAAGAAAACCAUAUCGAACAAAAGAAGACGAUCAAAAAGGUUGAAAAGAAGGAAGAAGUUAAGGUCGAAGAGAAGAAGGAAGAAGUAGAGAUGGAAGUUGACGAAGCCAAAAAGGUCAUUCAGAAGAAAACAGCCAAAACUGAAGAGGAAAAGAAGGAAAUGCUUGAGAAAUUGGAGAAGAGGAAAAAAUCGGAACCUGAGGCUAAAAUUGAAGGCAUUCCAAAACUCAAACCAGUCAAGCCCAAGGAGGAACCGGUUGAGGAAAAGAAAGAUGACAAGAAGACUGAAUCCAAAACGACGACCAAAAAGGUUGUCAAAAAGAAGGUCGUUGCAAAGAAGGAUGAGGACGUACUGGAAUUCGUCGACGAUUACGAGCGACCAGUUUUGGAAAAAUACGAAAAAAUUACACCAACGCCACUCGCUAAAAAACCGAAAGAAGAUGACACACCCAAGUCGAAACGCGCGUCAGUAUCCGAAAGCGUUAAAAGUGAACAAUAUGAAAGUGAAGAAGAGCCGUCGGUGGCUGCGCCGGCACCAGAGAAGAAGCCUAAGGUUGAGACCAAAAAGGUCGUGCAAGAGGAAUUUGUCGACGACUAUGAGAGGCCCGUGCUUGAAAAGUACGAGAAAAUCACACCAACACCCAUUGAGAAAAAGAAAAAGGACGACAAAACGCCUGAGGAACCUGAAGAGGUACCGUCUGCAACUGCCACAGCUAGGCGUCGUUCUGUUAAAGACAAAGACAAGCCAGAGCCAAUGGACGUUGACGAGAGCGUCAGCCUAGCCAAGCCGAAAAAACCAGCAAAGCCAGGACAAGAGCCUGAAGAUGUCGAACUCACACACAAAACACCCGCGCAAACUAAACCUACGGAGGAUUCCGCAGCAGCCGAAUUAAAGGUUAAGAAACCUGAAAUUGUUGAAGAGAAAACAAUAAAGAGGAGGCCUUCGGCAAAGAAGGGUGAAGAUACUGAAGAGUCAGUCAGCCUCACCAAGCCUCGAACUAAGACAAGCACUACCGCCCCUGAAGAUGCCUCUCUUACCCAAAAGACUCCUGCUAAGAAAAAGCCAACGGAGGGAUCAGAGGCAGCGUCCCUUAAAGUCAAAAAAGCAGCCGUCGUCAAAAAAGAUGACGAUGAUGAGGAACCUCUGACCGUUCAAGAUGGUAAAUUUGAAAAGCCACAGCUGAAGAAAACUAGCAAGAAGACCACCGACACCGCUAAAAAAGCCACUUCUAGUGACAAAGAAAAUAUUGAUGGGUUGGAACUGGACUUUGUAGAUGACUACGAGAGGCCAGUCCUCGAGAAAUAUGAGAAGAUCACACCAACUCCCACAGUGCGGGAGAAGAAAGAAAAAGAAACUACCAAGGUUACAGUGAUGGCACAACAGCAACACCUUGAAGUGAAGACCGAAAGUCGGAGGACGUCUGUUCAAAGCGAGACUUCCGAGAGCCGAAAGAGCUCGAUUGUCGAAACCAAAGGACUAAAGACUUCUGAGGGUAAGACCGAGAGCCGAAAGAGCUCGAUCGUCGAAACCAAAGGACUAAAGCUGACAAAAGAAACAGCUGAAAGCAGAAAGUCUUCUAUUUCGGCGGUCGCUGAGCAACAGCAGACCGCGACACUCAAAAAGACGGCCCAGAGGCCCAGCAUAAAGGAACCGGAAACUGCACAAAUUGAACAAGUAAAACUUAAGGAUGACAAAAAACAGACAGUUGAAGAAAAGGUAACAACAGGUACUGCUGAUAAGCCUUCAGAAAAAGUUAGUCCAAGGCGACCAUCGAAAACAGAAACACAGGAACCAAACGAAAAGGUGGAACCGAAACGUAAAGAUAGUCUUGAUCGCCCCACUGAGACAAAGUACCCUUGGCGACGUCCCAGUAAAACUGAGGUAACCGAAGACACAGUCGUUGAAAAGACAGAGAUCAAUAGGAAGUCAUCCAUUGACCAGGUUACUGAUCGCAAAGAAGAUCGUAAAGAUAGUCCUUCAGAAUCUCCGUAUCCUUGGCGUAAACCAAGCAAACCAGAGGAAACGAAGGAUAAUAAAAUAGUUGACGAUAAAGUAAAUGAGAUUAAGAGGAAAUCUUCUUUCGAUAGAUCUGUUUCUACCGCGACUAAAGAAUCCGAGGAACCUACGGAAAACCCGAAGCCCAAGCGUAGGAUAGGCAUGGAACAACCGGCUGAUUCUAUAUACCCUUGGAGCCGUCCAAGCAAAACUGAGGUCGUAUCAGAUAAGGUAGUGGAUGAUAAAAAAGAUACACCAGAAAUCCAAGUUGAAAGCACUGACGACUCUUCAGAACGUCGUUUCCCUUAUCGACGCACAAGCAGUGUUAUGGAUGAGGGACGGGAUGAUGACCCUAUUAUAGUUAUUACACCUGAUAUUGUCGUUGACAAUCCGUACCCAUGGCGAAAAUCAUUACCAGAGAUACCAACACUGUCAACGCCAGAGUCAGAACAGAAAAAGACACAAUUUUCAUGGGAUUCUAUUCCAGAAAUACCACAGGCUGAGCAAACACCAGAGAUAGAGGACAAAUACAAUCCAAUACUACACACACCAGAACCUGUGGAUCGGCGAAGGCCGUGGUCUCCCCAGGCCGAGGCAGAACAACCGGCAACGUUAGGAAUCCCACAAGCUUAUAGCGGACCUCAAACACCCGAGGAGAAAGUGGCAAUCAAAGAAGAGAAAGUCGAGGAAGAAGUCAAAAAGGCUAAGGUCACAAGCGUCAAGAAGAAGGCAGAAGACCUUCCAGAGAUCGCGGACUAUGAGAGGCCGGAACUUGAGAAGUUUGAGAAGCCAACCUUCACCUCGACCACUAAAGACAAGCCAGAAAAAGAUACUAAGCCAAUGGUGCCAGAAAUCAAGGCACCGGAGGAGAAGCCUGCUGCUUUGGCUCCCAAGAUCGAAGUGAUCCGUGAAAAGUCACCCCGACCCGACAUGCCCAGGAAACCUUCGCUGGCUCCAGGAGCUCCUGGCAGCAGGAGAGGCUCCCUUAUCCCUCCUCCGGAGGAGAUGGGCAGGAGACCGUCUCUUAUCAUCAGCGACGAGGAUAAUAGAAAACUAAGACCUGGUGAGGUGGUCGAAGAGAAGAAGCGGCGAAAGUCGGCCGACACGCGCCGGCCGUCCAUCCAGGAGUUGGAAGAUCUCAUCAAUAAACCCUCGGUGCCGCUGAAGCCAAAGGGUGAUGAGGGGCCGCCGGUCAUCGUGGACGUGCAGGAGAGCUACUCCGCUGUUGAAGAUCAAACCGGCUACCUGACCGUGCAAGUCGAGGGUAACCCAGCACCAACCUUCAAGUUCUAUAAGGGCGUGACGGAGCUCAUCGAGGGCGGCAGGUUCAAGUUCGUCACGGACGAGAACGGGCUCAUCACGCUGUGCAUGCGCAAAGUCAAGCCUAACGAUGAGGGCAAAUACAAGAUUGUGGUUAGCAAUAUUCAUGGAGAGGAUUCGGCGGAGAUGCAGCUUUAUGUAUCAGACGCAAGUGGCAUGGACUUCCGUGCCAUGCUCAAGAAGAGAAAGUAUGCCAAAUGGGGCAAACCUGACGGCGAUCCAGACUGGGGUGACCUCAAGGAGGUCGAAAAACCAGUGCCAGCGCUCAAGAAAGUCGAAAAGAAACAAGAAUCGUUCUUGAAGCCCCUCGUCGAUCAAUUCGCGAAAGAGGGCAAGGAUAAGAAGGUGGUGUUCGAAGCUAUCUUCUCCAAGCCUAAUGCUAAAGCGAAGUGGUUGUUCCGUAAAGAUGAACUGUUCGCUGGCUCCAAAUAUAAGAUGACCAACGAGCAAGACUCGUACAAACUGAUCAUCAUGACUCCUAAAGUGGAGGAUACGGGUAAAAUAACGAUUGAAGUUGGUGGCAUCACCUGCACUGCGUUCCUCCAAGUUGAGGAACCAGACCCGACAUAUUCCUUUACCAAGAAUCUGAAGAAGAGCAUCAGUGGCUACACGGCGCACGAGACCACACUCGAGUGUACUGUCUCUAGCAGUCUUGCCAUCGUCUCCUGGUGGAUGGGAGACAAGAAGCUGGAAGAUGGCGAGGAUUACCAGAUCUCCAAAGACUUGUCCGGCGUGUGCAGGCUUACCAUAAAGAGCUCUAAGUUCGAAGACGCUGGCAAAUACACGUGCAAACUUGAAAAGCAGCCAGACAAGACUGAAUGUGAUGUGAAGAUUGUGGAGUAUCCUUACAAAUUCACUAAGGUGCUGAAGUCACAGCAGGCCAUUGAAAAGGACACAAUCACGCUGCUUUGUGAACUUGACGAUGCUGGUGGUGAAGUACAAUGGUUCAAGAACGACGAGCCACUGCAGACGGACAAGCGCGUCACCGUGGUGAAGGACGGGCGUAAGCGCAAGGUGGUGAUCAAGGACGCCAAGGUCACGGACGCCGGCAACUACAAGUGUACCAGCAACGCCGAUGAAACCAAGUGCGAGCUGAUCGUCAAUUACUCGAAUCGCUUCAACAAGAAGUUGAAGGACACCGAAGCAAUUGAGAGAGACAAGGUGGUCCUGGAGGUGGAACUCCAGGAUCAGACCGCCGAGGCCGUAUGGUCUUUCAAUGGACAGCCCAUUGUGCCCAACGAGAGAAUCGAAAUCAAGAACUUGGGCGGCGGUAAACACCAGCUCAUCUUCAACAAGCUGGAGAUGGAAGAUGACGGCGAGAUCCUCUGCGAGUCUGGCAAGCUCACCUCGUCUUGCAAGCUGACUGUGAAGAAGGGAGAGUCGAAGCCGACCAUCGACUGUCCGGAAGAGUUCUUCGGGCCCGCGGGACAGCCUUUCGUCAUCGAGGUGCCUUAUAAAAUUACCGGCACCCGAGUAUCGCCCAUCGAGGCUAAACUGUGGAAGGAUGGUAAAGCGCUGCCCAUCAAGGAAGUAGAGGCAGUGGUCGAACAAGAGAAGAUCCUCUUCAAGCUCAAGAAACCACAGAGGGAUUUGUCCGGCAAAUACCAGAUCAAGCUGUCGAACGCCCAAGGCGAAGAUUCCAAGGAUGUUAACAUUACCAUGCAGAGCGUGCCGACGCCUCCUCAGGAUGUGGAGGUCGCUGAGGUCUUCCAGACAUCUUGUGUGGUUACUUGGAAGACGCCGCAAGACGAUGGUGGUUCGCCAAUCGUCAAUUACGUUAUUGAAAGACAGGACCUGUCUCUCAAAGCUGGCUGGGACAACGUGGGCGAAGUGCCCGGCGGCCAGCCGACCAAGUUCAAGGUCGAGGAUCUCGUUGCGAAGAAGACAUACAAGUUCAGAAUUCGCGCUGUCAACAAGAUCGGCUCCUCGGAGCCGGGCAUGUUUGGCAAACCUGUUCUGGCGAAGGAUCCGUGGGACGAACCUUCGAAACCCAAGAGUGUGGAGCUUACGGACUGGGACAAAGACCACGCAGACCUCAAAUGGCAGAAACCCGACAACGAUGGCGGUGCACCAAUCACUGGCUACGUCAUCGAGUACAAGGAGAAGUUCGGCAAGGACUGGGUAAAGGGCAAGGAAGUGCCCGGUGACUGCCUGUCAGCCACGCAAGACGGGCUGAAGGAAGGUGGCACUUAUGAGUUCAGGGUCCGCGCCAUCAACAAGGCGGGCCCUGGCGAACCUAGCGACACAACUAAACCGAUUGUCGCUAAGUGCAGAUUUGUCAAGCCAUACAUCAUUGGACAGGGUCUUCAGAACAUGAUCAUCAAGAAGGGACAGGUCAUUACCUUCGAUAUCAAGUACGGUGGUGAGCCUGAGCCCGAAGUCAAAUGGAUCCAGGGUGAAGAGGAAAUCAAAGACGAUGGUGAUCGCAUCACCAUCGACAAGUACGAGAAGAAUACAGUCCUCAAUGUCAGGAAGACCACCAGGCCUGAUAGUGGAAAGUACAAGCUGGUGCUCACCAACUCGUCGGGCACUUGCGAGAGUAUUGCUGACGUUGUUGUGCUAGACAAACCGAACAGGCCGAAUGGUCCUCUCGAAGUGGAAGACGUCCGUGCCGAGAAGGCCACAGUCAAAUGGAAGAAGCCCGACGAUUGGCAAGGCUCAGAUAUCACCGGCUACGCGCUCGAGAAGAUGGACAUGGACACUGGCAACUGGGUACCAUGCGGCGAAUGCGGACCUGAGCCCACACAGUUCCAGGUCAAGGGACUGACACCGAACCACAAAUACAAGUUCAGGGUUCGCGCCGUCAACAAAGAGGGAGAAUCUGAGCCUCUGGAGACCGAUGGCUUUAUUCUUGCUAAGAAUCCUUAUGACCCGCCGAAGGCACCUAGCAAGCCAGUCAUUAUCGACUAUGACAACCAAUCGGUUACGUUGCAAUGGGAGGCGCCCACCGACACCGGUGGACGGCCCAUCCUCGGCUACGUUGUGGAGAAGAAGGACAAGUUCUCCGCUGAUUGGAUUGAGGUUGUCAAAACCGAGGACACCAAGACAGAGUACAAGGUGGAAGGGCUGAAGGAGAAGAUGAUCUACCAGUUCCGUGUGAAGGCCUACAACAAGGCUGGCGUCGGUGAGGCGUCACCGCCCACUGACAACCACCUCUGCAAGCAUAAGAACUUGAAGCCUCGUAUUGAGCGCAGCACAUUCAAGUCAGUGAUCAUUAAGGCCGGCCGCACCCACAAGUGGUCUGUCGAUGUCACUGGUGAACCUGCCCCGGAGAUGACUUGGUCUUGGCGCGAGAACAUCAAACUGGUGAACACCGAACGCAUCAAGAUCGAGAACCAAGAGUACCACACCGAUUUCACCAUCGUCAACGCGGUGCGCCGCGACACCGGCAAAUACACGCUGAGGGCCGAGAACUGCAACGGUUUCGAUGAGGAGACCGUCGAGUUGACUGUUCUCAGCAAGCCCUCGGCGCCUAAAGGCCCGCUUGAGGUAUCAGACAUCCACGCCAACGGCUGCAAGGUCCGCUGGGAGAAGCCCGAAGAUGACGGCGGAUCCCCGGUCAAGGAAUACGAGCUGGAGAAGAUGGACAUGGCCACCGGCAAAUGGGUGCGCGUUGGCAGGGUUGCCGGCGACAAGAAGCCUCUGGAGAUGGAAGUAACCGGACUGGAACCCGGACACCAGUACAAGUUCCGCGUGACAGCCGUCAACGACGAGGGCGACUCUGAACCGCUGGAGGCCGAGAAGGCUAUCCUGGCAAAGAAUCCUUUCGAUGUGGCGGACAAGCCCGGGAACGUCGAAGUGGCAGAUCACGACAACCAGAGCGCCACAGUCAAAUGGGACCCACCCAAGAACGACGGCGGAGCGCCCGUACAAAAGUACAUUAUUCAGAAGAAGCCGAAGGGUGGCGAUUGGGAGAACGCUCUAGAAGUGCCCGGUACCGCCACGGAGGGUAAAGUGGACGGUCUGCCCGAGGGCAGCGAAUACCAGUUCAGGGUGAUCGCCGUCAACAAGGCGGGUCCUUCCGACGCGUCGGACCCAACCAAAAUGACCACUAUCAGGCACAAGGCUUUGAAACCACGCAUCGACCGCACCAACCUGAAGGCGCUGGCCGUGCGCGCGGGCAAACCGAUCUUCUUCGACGUCAACGUCAAGGGUGAACCGGCGCCUACCGUACAAUGGUUCCAGAAAUGGAAGGGAGAAGAGAAGGAGGUUAAAGAAAACGUAAUCAACGUGGACUACAACACCAAAUUAGAUAUCAAAGACUCCGUCCGCGCCAUGACCGGCACCUACCGUAUCUUGGCCACCAACCAGCACGGAACUGAUGAGGCUGAAGUUGAUAUCACAGUUCUGAGCGCGCCGGGCAAACCUGGUGGACCGCUCAAGGUCGCUGAUGUUACCAAAUCUGGCUGCAAACUGUCUUGGAAGAAGCCAGAAGACGAUGGUGGCAAACCAGUAACCGGCUACGUUGUAGAAAAGCUCAACAAGGCCACCGGCCGCUGGGUGCCGGUCGGCAAGACCGACGACACCGAGAUGGAGGUCAAGGGUCUGCAGGAGGGCGAGGAGUAUGAGUUCAGGGUCCGCGCUGUGAAUGAGGAGGGCGAGAGUGAACCUCUGAAGACAGACCACAGCAUCAUCGCGAAGAAUCCUUACGAUAUUCCCGGCAAGCCGUCCGUUCCGACCAUCGAGGACUGGGACGUGGACCGCGUGGACCUCACGUGGGAGGCGCCCAAGAGCACCGGCGGCGCGCCCAUCACUGGCUACGUUAUCGAGAAGAAAGAGAAAUACGGAUCGUGGCAGGAGGCGCUAACUACCAAUACGCCAGAGUGCAAGGCCCGCGUGCCGGACCUGAAGGAAGGCAACACGUACCAGUUCCGCGUCCGCGCCGUCAACAAGGCCGGCCCCGGCGAGCCCAGCGAGCCCACGCAAUCACACGUCGCCAAGGCUAGAUUCUUGAAACCAUGGAUCAACCGGGACAAGAUGCACGCGAUCCGCGUCCGCGCCGGCACCACCAUCAAACUCGACGUGGACAUCAAGGGUGAACCCCCACCAACCAAGACCUGGAUCUUCGCCAACAAGCCCCUGGAGAACGGCGAGGGCAUCAAGAUGGAAAACGAGGAUUAUAACACUCGUAUGACGCUGACGGAGACGUCGUGGAAGAAUACGGGCGUGUAUACGCUGAAGGCGGUUAAUGAUUCGGGCACGGAUGAGGCUACUGUUGAGAUUACUGUGCUAGACAAGCCAGGCAAACCCGAAGGCCCGCUCGAAGUGUCGGACGUCCAUGCCGACCAUGUCAAACUCGCGUGGAAGAAGCCCAAGCACACCGGAGGGCUGCCUCUCAGCGCAUACGUGGUUGAGAAGAUGGAUGUGCUUACUGGCAAAUGGGUGCCGGCUGGCACGGUGGAGCCGGAUUCUACUGAGGCUACUGUCACUGGUCUAGAGCCCGGCCACACCUACCAGUUCCGAGUCAAGGCCCUCAACGAGGAGGGUGAAUCCGAGCCCCUGGAGACGGACCACGGCAUCCUCGCCAAGAACCCGUACGACGUCCCCGCGGCGCCCGGCCUGCCGGACAUCGUGGACUGGGACGAGAAGAGCGCCAAGCUCAAGUGGGAGCCGCCGAUCCGGGACAAUGGAGCGCCCAUCACGGGAUACAUUAUUGAGAAGAUGGAUAGGGAUACGGGAGAAUUUGUUAAGGCUGCCGAAAUUCAAGGCAACGUGUGCCAAGGCACAGUACCUAAACUGGAAGAAGGCAGCCAAUACCAGUUCAGAGUGCGAGCGAUAAACAAGGCUGGACAGUCCGAGCCUUCUGAGAACACCAACUGGCACACCGCUAAAGCCCGAUUCUUGAAACCAAGAAUCGACCGCACCAACCUCAACCCCGUGUCCGUGAAGGCCGGCCUCCCCGUCUCCCUCGACGUCAAGGUGUUCGGCGAGCCCCCGGCCACCGUCACCUGGUUCUUCAAGGGCGAGGAGAUCAAGACCGGUACUCCGGAUAACCUGGAGAUCAUCAAUAUUGACUAUAACACGAAGUUCUUGAUGACGAAGAGCAAGAGAGCUAAUACUGGGAAGUAUGUGAUUAAGGCCAAGAAUGAAGUCGGUGAGGAUGAGGCUGAAGUUGAGAUUACUAUUCUUGGCAAGCCAUCCAAGCCCAAAGGCCCGCUCGAAGUCGCUGAUGUCACAAAACACGGUUGCACGCUCACCUGGCAGAAGCCGGAGGACGAUGGCGGAUCACCCAUUGAGUACUACGAGAUCGAGAAACUUGAUCCGCUUACCGGCCAAUGGGUUCCAUGCGGCACGGCCAAGGACUGCAAAGCCAACAUCACCGGACUGCAGGAGGGCAAGCCUUACAAGUUCCGCGUCAAGGCCGUCAACAAGGAGGGCGAGUCCGAAGAGCUUGAAACGGAGAAGUCUAUCAUCGCUAAGAAUCCAUUCGACGAGCCCGGCAAGCCCGGUAGGCCCGAGCCCAGGAACUGGGACAAGGACUUCGUUGACCUGGAAUGGUCUCCGCCCAAGGAGGACGGUGGUGCGCCUAUCACUGGCUACAUCAUCCAGAAGAGAGAAAAGGGUGGACGAUCAUGGCAAGACGCCCUCCGCACGACAGGCGACCGGCCAGUCGGGCGCGUCGACGACGUGGAGGAGGGGCACGAGUACGAGUUCCGAGUCAUCGCCCUCAACAAGGCCGGCCCCGGAGAGCCCUCCGAGCCGAGCAAGUCUGUCACUUGCAAGCCGAGAUUCCUGGCACCGAAGAUUGACCGCAAGAACCUACAAAAGCGCAAGGUCAAGGUCGGCGAAGCCCUCAAAUUCGAGGCCGACGUCAAGGGUGAACCGGAACCUACCAUCACAUGGACUCUCAACGCGCAGCCGCUUAAGCCGGAGGAGCGGCUUAAGAUCGAGAACAAGGAUUACCACACGUCGUUCGCGCUGCAGAAGUGCACGCGCAAGGACGGCGGCACGUACCUUGUGACCGCCAAGAACGACUCCGGAACUGACUCCGUGGAGAUCGAGGUCCAGGUCGUCAGCAAGCCGGCUAAGCCUAAGGGACCUUUGAAGGUUUCUGACGUGAAAGCCGACGGCUGCAAGCUCAAAUGGGAGCCCCCAGAGGACGACGGCGGCGAACCCAUCGAGAACUACGUCGUCGAGCGCAUGGACACCGAGUCCGGCCGCUGGGUCCCCGUCUGCACCACCAAGACCCCUGAGGCUGACGUCACUGGCCUCAACGAGGGCAAGGACUACCUGUUCAGGGUCAAGGCUGUCAACCCUGAGGGAGAGAGCGAGCCGCUUGUCACCGAGACCGCUACCACCGCUAAGAAUCCUUAUGGCGAACCGGACGCCCCAGGCAAGCCCGAGUUCAAGGACUGGAGCAAGGACCACGUGGACCUCAAAUGGGAGAAACCCGCCAGUGAUGGCGGAGCGCCCAUCACUGCCUACAUCGUGGAGAAGAAGGACCGCGAUAGCGGCAAAUGGGUUAAGGCUGCUGAGGUCCCCGGCACCAAGUGCGAAGCUCGCGUGCCUGACCUGAUCGAAGGCAAGACCUACCAGUUCCGUGUGAAGGCCGUCAACAAGGCGGGGCCUGGCAAGCCGUCCGCCGCCUCAGAGAACCUGCUGGCUAAGGACCGCUUUGCGCCGCCGAAGAUUGACCGCACGAACAUGCGCGACAUCACCAUCAAGGCUGGCCAGAACAUCCGCUUGGACAUCAAGGUCAGCGGUGAACCUCCACCAACCAAGACCUGGUUCCACAAUAAGGAGCGUCUAGCCACCCGCGACGACCUCACCGUAGACGCAGAGGACUACAAGAUCAAACUCACGGUCAUCGUGGCCGCCCGCAAACACAGCGGCACUUACGUACUGAAGGCUGAAAACAGCAGCGGAAGAGACGAAGCUACCAUCCAGGUCAACGUACUGGAUGUGCCGGCUAAGCCUGAGGGACCGCUCAAGAUCUCCGACGUCCACAAGGAGGGCUGCACGCUCAAAUGGAACCCGCCGCUGGACGACGGCGGCGCGCCCAUCGACCACUACCUCGUCGAGAAGAUGGACACCGAGACCGGACGCUGGAUGCCAGCUCUGAAAACUAAGGAUCCUAAGGCAGAGAUUGACAACUUGGUGCCUGGACAUGAGUACAAGUUCAGGGUCUCUGCGGUUAACAACGAGGGCGUAUCGGAGCCGCUGGAGGCGGAUCAUGCUAUCAUUGCGAAGAAUCCGUUCGACGAACCCGGCAAACCCGGCACACCGGAAGUUGUGGACUGGGACCGCGACCACGUGGACCUCAAAUGGGAGAAGCCCAUCAAAGAUGGCGGCGCUCCCAUCACCGGAUACAUUAUUGAGAAGAGGGAGAAGGGAUCGCCUAAAUGGGUGAAAGCCUGUGAGGUCGGCCCCAACGACAACGAGAAGGCCACAGUACCCAACCUGGACGAGGGUACAGAGUACGAGUUCAGGGUGAAGGCCGUGAACGAGGCCGGUCCUGGAGAGCCCAGUGACGCCAGCAAGAGCGUCGUCUGCAAGCCUAGGCGAUUGGCACCAAAGAUCGACCGUCGCAACCUGCGCACGAUCAAGGUCCACGAGGGCGAGCCCAUCUCGCUCGACAUCAAGGUCAGCGGCGAACCCGCUCCUGACGUCACAUGGACACUGAACGGCAAGAGCGUACAGAGCGGCGGCGGUCUCAAAUUGAUCGAGAUCCCGUACAUGACCAAGUACCAGCACUCGAGCCCGAAACGCAAGGACUCCGGUACCUACAAGAUCCAGGCCGUCAACAAGUACGGACAAGAUACUGCUGAGCUUGAGAUCAUUGUUACUUCCAAACCAGACAAGCCCGAAGGCCCGCUAGAAGUGUCCGACAUCCACAAAGACGGUUGCUCGCUCAAAUGGAAGCGGCCCAAGGACGACGGAGGCGAGCCCAUCGAGGCGUACCUGGUUGAGAAAUAUGACACCGAGACCGGGUCUUGGGUGCCUGUUGGCAAGACCCUGGGCAACGUGCCUGAGAUGGAGGUCGAUGGCUUGAUCCCUGGACACGAGUACAAGUUCCGCGUGAAGGCGAUCAACAAAGAGGGAGAGUCCGAGCCUCUCGAGACGUUCGGCGCCAUCGUGGCCAAGGAUCCCUUCACCGUACCCGAGGCCCCAUCCGCGCCCGUCCCCGACGACUGGUCGGCGACGCACGUGGACCUCAAAUGGGAGGCGCCUGUGUCCGACGGAGGCUCCCCGAUCAUCGGAUACAUUGUCGAGAAGAAGGACAAGUACAGCCCCUUGUGGGAGAAGGCCGUGGAAACGCAUACGCCUACGCCAUCGGCUACUGUCAAUGGCUUGAUCGAAGGCAACGAAUACCAAUUCCGCGUGAUUGCCAUCAAUAAGGCCGGCCAGAGCAAACCGUCCGAAGCGAGCAAGAACUUCAUCGCCAAGCCUCGCUUCCUGGCUCCGAAGAUCGACAGGAGAUACCUCAGGGAUGUCACCAUCUCUGCUGGCGCUACGUUGAAGUUAGAGGCUGUUAUCACUGGAGAGCCGCCACCAGCGGUUGAAUGGAGGUCACAGAACAUGCCGCUCCGCCCAUCCAAGGCGGUCACCAUCGAGAGCCCGGACUACUUCACCAAGCUCAUCAUCCGGCCCGUCCGUCGCGACGAUUCCGGCGAAUACACCGUCACGGCCGUCAAUAGCAGUGGCAAGGACACCGUCACCAUCAACGUGCUUGUUACUGACAAGCCGACCAAGCCCGAGGGACCGCUACAGAUCUCAGACGUGCACAAGGAAGGUGCCACACUCAAAUGGAAGAGGCCGAAGGACGACGGUGGCGCCCCCAUCGAGUACUACCAGGUGGACAAACUGGACACGGAGACUGGAGUCUGGGUGCCGUGCGCCCGCUCCAAUGAGCCUAAGUGCGAAGUAACUGGCUUGACUCCUGGCAAGGAGUACAGGUUUAGAGUAUCUGCUGUGAACUCCGAGGGUGAAUCUGAACCACUCACAUCAGAACAGAGCAUCGUUGCCAAGAAUCCGUUCGACGAACCUGGUGCGCCUGGCACGCCGACCGUGACCGAUUGGGACAAGGACCACGUGGACCUCAAAUGGACUCCGCCACGCGAAGAUGGAGGUGCACCCAUCGAGGGCUACAUCGUCGAGAAGAAGGACAAGUUCGGCAACUGGGAGAAGGCUCUCGAAGUCCCCGCGAACCAGACCAACUGCACCGUGCCGGAUCUGGUGGAGGGACAGACUUACGAGUUCAGGGUCCGCGCCGUGAACAAGGCCGGGCCGGGCGAGCCGAGCGACAGCACGCACCCCAUCGUGGCCAAGCCCAGGAACCUGGCGCCCAAGAUCGACCGCACCAACCUCAUCGACGUCAAGCUCAAGGUCGGACAGAAGUUCGGAUUCGAUGUCAAGGUUUCGGGUGAACCGAUGCCAGAGACCAAAUGGUUCCUCGCCAAGAAGGAGGUGAAGUCCUCUGGCGACAUGAAAGUGCAGCACUCGGACUACAACACCAAGCUCAACUGCAAGGCGGCCACGCGCGGUGACAGCGGCCGCUACACCAUCACUGCCGAGAACGUCAAUGGCAAGGAUGUGGCCGAGGUGGAGGUCAUAGUGCUGGCUGCACCUAGUCCGCCUAAUGGACCGCUUAAGGUGUCGGACGUGCACGCUAACGGCGCCAAGCUCUCCUGGCUGCCGCCCUCCGACGACGGCGGCCAGCCCAUCGACAAGUACAUCGUCGAGCGCAUGGACGAGGCCACGGGCCGCUGGGUCACCGCCGGCGAGACCGACGGACCGAAGACCAGCCUGCCAGUCGAUGGGUUACAGCCCGGACAUAAAUACAAGUUCAGAGUGCGCGCUGUUAACAGGCAAGGCAAAUCCGAGCCUCUCACCACCCCGCACGCUACCGAGGCGAAGAAUCCUUACGACCUGGCCGGCAAGCCCGGCACGCCCGUCAUCAAGGACUUCGAUCGCGACUGGGUCGAGCUCCAGUGGGCCAGACCUGAGACCGACGGAGGCGCGCCCAUUACUGGAUACGUUAUUGAGAAGAAGGACCGCUUCUCGCCUGAUUGGGAGGAGUGUGCUAACAUCGAGGGUGACGUAACAACCGGCAAGGUGCCCGACCUGAUCGAGGGCAACACGUACGAGUUCCGCGUCCGCGCCGUCAACAAGGCCGGCCCCGGCGAGCCCUCCGACCACACCAAGCCACACCUCGCGAGGCCGAAGAACCUCGCACCUAAGAUCGACAGGAACUUCAUGUUUGAUAUCAAGGUCAAGGCCGGCAAGAACUACGAGCUGGAUGUGCCCGUCGCCGGCGAACCGACCCCAACCAAGGAAUGGUUCCACGGCGACAACAUGGUCAUCAACACCGACCGCGUCAAGAUCGUCAACGACGACCACUCCACCAAGUUCAAGGUCGUCGACGCCAAGCGCGCCGACAGCGGCUCUUACACUCUCAAGGCCAAGAAUCACAACGGAACAGACACGGCCACCAUCAAAGUCACUGUACUCGAUGUACCUACACCACCAGAAGGACCGCUUCGUGCUGAUGACAUCACCAAGUCUGGUUGCUCGCUAAAAUGGCGCCCGCCCAGGGAUGAUGGCGGCAGUGAGAUCACUCACUACGUCGUCGAAAAGAUGGACCAGGAGAACAUGAGAUGGAUCCCUGCCGGAGAGGUCUCCUCAUGUAACAUGCGCAUCGACCAUCUCAUCGAAGGUCACGAUUACAACUUCAGGGUACGCGCUGUUAACAAGCAAGGAGAGUCACAGCCGUUGGUCGGCUCCGAGCCUAUCACGGCCAAGGACCCUUACGGAACGCCAGACAAACCUGGUACUCCAGUUGUCAAGGACUGGGACAAGGACCAUAUGGAUCUGGAAUGGGUGCCGCCAAAGAAGGAUGGUGGAUCCCCGAUUACUGGUUACAUUAUCGAGGCGAAGAAACGCUACGGACCUUGGGAAGUCGCUGCCACUGUCCCUGGAAACCAGACAACCGCUACUAUCCCUAAUUUGUCAGAGGGUGAAGAGUAUGAAUUCAGGGUCAUCGCAGUCAACAAGGCUGGCAAUGGAGAGCCUAGCGAUGCUUCCACACCACAAGUCGCCAAGGCCCGUUUCUGCGCACCGCGCUUCGACAAAAUGCUGCUCGCAGACAAGACGGUCAAGGCCGGACAGAGGAUACAAUACGAGAUCCCCAUCGAAGCGGCCCCGAAACCGACAGUCGAAUGGCAAAUCAAUGGCAAGGUCGUCCAUCCGAACGACCAUAUCGAUAUCCAGGUUCUGCACAACAGGGUCAUAUUAGACAUUCCAUUCUCUGUCCGCGCUGACGGAGGCGUUUACAAGCUGACCCUCAAGAACGACUUGGGCGUGUGCUCUGCCACCGCUCAGGUCACCGUACUUGACAAACCAGCGAGACCAGAGAAGCCAUUGGUCGUCUCUGAUGUUACCAAGGACUCAUGCUCACUAUGCUGGAAGGUACCUCUCGACGAUGGUGGAUCACCAAUCCUGCAUUACGUUAUUGAGAAGAUGGACCUGUCCCGUGGCACUUGGUCCGAUGCCGGUAUGAGCACAUACCUGUCUCACCAAGUCACCAGACUUAUCCACAUGAAGGAAUACUUGUUCAGAGUAAGUGCAGUCAAUGCUAUUGGACAGUCUGAGCCUUUGGAGCUCGACCGCGCUAUCACGGCUAAGAACGAAUUCGACGAACCAACUGCUCCUGGUAAACCUGAAGCUACCGACUGGAGCAAGAAUCAUGUGGACCUACAAUGGACCACACCGAAAUCCGAUGGUGGUUCACCGAUCACGGGCUACAUUAUUCAGAAGAAAGAAAAGGGCAGUCCCUACUGGGUGAACGCUGCUCACGUUCCUUCGAACAAGAACAAAGCCACAGUCCCGGACCUUACUGAGGGACAGGAAUACGAAUUCAGGGUCAUCGCCGUCAACAAGGCCGGACAGUCUGAGCCUUCUGAACCUUCGGACAUCAUCACAGCCAAGGACAGAUUCGUGGCGCCUAAGAUCCUCACGCCACUUAAAGAGAUCAGAAUCAAGGCUGGACUCAUCUUCCAUCUGGACGUCGACUUCAUUGGAGAACCUAUUCCUGAAGUCACAUGGACUUGCAACAGCAAACCGGUGCUUACCAACGAAAGGACCACUGUCACAUCUGUCGGUCACCAUACUAUUAUUCAUACGGUUAACUGCAAGCGUUCUGAUGCAGGCAAAUAUCAUCUGUCGCUGAAGAACGACUCAGGAUCUGACGAGGGAAGCUUCGAGCUCAUCGUCCUGGAUGUCCCCGGACCGCCGCAAGCGCCUUUCGAGUACGAAGAGAUCACGGCUCAGUCCGUUACUCUUUCAUGGAAACCACCCAAGGACAACGGUGGCAGCGAGCUGACCGCCUACGUCAUUGAGAAACGUGACUUGACUCACGGAGGCGGCUGGGUACCAGCUGUCACCUACAUCAACCCCAAACUCAACCAUGCUACAGUACCGCGAUUGGCUGAAGGCACCAAAUACGAGUUUAGAGUAUUCGCCGAGAACUUGCAAGGCCGUUCCGAGCCGCUUGUCACCGACAGAGCAGUGGUCGCUAAGAACCAGUACACUGUUCCUGGCAAGCCUGGCAAACCAGAACUUGUGUCUGCGGACAAGGAUCACAUCAAGGUCAGGUGGACACCACCUAUUUCCAACGGAGGAUCCAACAUCAUUGGCUACGACGUCGAGAGGAGAGACAAGGCGACUGGCCGCUGGAUCAAAUUGAACAAGGAUCCAGUCAGGAACAGCGAAUACGAAGACGAUAGGGUACAGGAAGGCCACCAGUACGAAUACAGAGUGUCUGCAGUGAACGCUGCCGGACCGGGCCAGCCGUCCGACCCGUCCAACAUGUUCAUCGCCAAACCAAUGAAGGAGAAGCCCAGACUAUAUCUGGACCACCUUAUUGGACGCAAGAUCAAGGUGCGCGCCGGCGAACCUAUCAAUAUAAACAUUCCAAUCACCGGCGCGCCCACACCGACCAUCUCCUGGACCAAGGGUGCCGUCUCUCUGCUGCCCUCGCUUAGACUGUCCACGGAAACCAAGAACGACGAGGCCAAGCUGAACAUUGAGAAAUCCACAAGGGACGACGCUGGAAAAUACACUAUCUCGGCGUCCAACGCUCAUGGAAAAGACUCGGCCGAUAUCGAAGUCAUUGUUGUUGACAAGCCUGGUAUUCCUAAAGGACCUCUCCUUACAACACCGGUCACACACGACACGAUUAGUCUACAAUGGCAGCCGCCCACCGACGACGGCGGCAGCGAGAUUACUGGCUACGUCGUCGAGGUCGCCGAGUAUGGCGUCAACGACUGGCGAACGGUCGCCGGCUUCUGCCCGAAAUGCUCCUUCGCCGUCAAGAACCUUACCGAAGGCAAGAAAUACGUGUUCAGGGUACGCGCUGAGAACCUUUACGGAGUAUCAGAUCCGUUGGAGUCCAAGCCUACGGUUGCCAAGUCGCCAUUCGAUCCGCCGGAUGCGCCAGAAACGCCCAGGAUUACUGGAUACAGCGCGAACAGCUGUUCUCUCGAAUGGGACCCGCCUGCAAACUGCGGCGGCAAACCCAUCACCGGAUACUACGUCGAGAAACGCGAGCGCGGCGGCGAAUGGAUGAAGGUUAAUAAUUACCCGACACCGAAUACUUGCUACACCGUUUCUGACCUCCGCGAGGGCAACCGCUACGAGUUCAGAGUCAUUGCCGUUAACGAGGCCGGACCUGGCAAACCUAGCAAGCCAACCGAGCCUAUCACAGCACAGACGCAACGACUUAAGCCUAGCGCACCUGAAGCGCCUAAACCAGACCGAGUUACUAAGGACUCGGUUACAUUGUCUUGGAGGCCGCCUAAGAGCGAUGGAGGCUCGAAGAUUAAGGGCUACAUCAUCCAACAGAAGGGCAAGGGUGACAAAGACUGGAAGGAUGUCAAUGACGUGCCUAUUCCAAGCCUCGUCCACACUGUUCCUAAACUUAAGGAAGGUGAAGAGUAUCAGUUCAGGGUUAUCGCAGUCAAUGACGUCGGUCGCUCUGACCCAAGCAAGCCUACAAGCGACAUCACCAUCGCCGAACAGCCGAACAAACCUUGCAUGGAUCUUGGAGGAGUCAGGGACAUCACUGUACGUGCUGGAGAGGACUUCUCUAUCCACGUGCCUUACACUGGCUUCCCGCAACCGACCGCAUCCUGGUUCAUGGAAGACAACCUCCUCGAUGUUGAGGGAGAUUCUAGGAUCUUCCAGAAGAUCACGCCAGAAUCGGCAUCGCUUGUCGUCAAGAACGCCAAGAGGUCCGACGGUGGACAAUACAGACUGCAACUGCGCAACCCGUCCGGAUAUGACACGGCUACGAUCAACGUGCGUGUCCUCGACAGACCUGGCAAACCAGAGAAUCUGCGUGCGGACGAAUUCGAAGGAGAAGCUCUCACGUUAUACUGGAACCCGCCGAAGGACAACGGUGGCGGCGAGAUCACGAACUACGUCGUCGAGAAACGCGAGGCUAGAAGCGCUAACUGGACGAAGGUUUCCGGUUACGUUACCACUCCGUUCUUCCGGGUGAAGAACUUAAAUGUCGGCAGAGAUUACGAGUUCAGGGUUAUGGCUGAGAACCAAUACGGACAGUCCGACCCGGCUCAGACCACCGAGCCUAUCAAGGCCAGACAUCCGUUCGACCCACCAGGCGCGCCUGGAGCACCAAAAUCAGUCGAAACCACGGAGUCUUCCAUCACGAUCACCUGGACCAAGCCUCGUCACGACGGCGGCUCACCCAUUACUGGUUAUGUCGUAGAGAAGCGACUGAUAACCGAAGACAAAUGGACUAAAGCCUCGCACGCCCACGUGCCCGACACGACUCUUAAAGUCACUGGUUUGAUCGAGAAUCAGCAGUAUGAGUUCAGGGUAGCGGCGAUCAACGCGGCCGGCCAGGGCCCGUACUCGCAGAGCUCGGACGCUAUCCGCGCGUGCGCGCCGCCCAACUCGCCGAAGAUCACGAGCGACCUCAGCCUCAGGGACAUCACCGUUAUUGCGGGAGAGGAGAUCAAGAUCACUGUGCCGUUCACUGGCAACCCGAGGCCGAAGGUAUCAUGGUUCGUGAACAACGAGGAAGUGUUCCCCGACAACAGGCUCCGUUUCGUGACGUCUGACAUCGACACUGUGUUCUACAACUCGUCGGCCAAGAGGUCCGACACGGGACCGUACACCAUUCAGCUGUUGAACAGCGAGGGCUCGGAUAGCGCGACUUGCAGGGUGUUGGUUGUAGACCGACCAUCGCCACCUGUAGGCCCGCUGGAAGCAUCCGACAUCACGCCAGACACCUGCACGCUCAGCUGGAAGCCGCCACUGGACGACGGCGGCUGCCCCAUCUCCAACUAUGUCGUCGAGAAGAUGGACAACAACGGAGUAUGGCAGAAGAUCUCAUCGUUCGUGCGCAACUGCCACUACAACGUGAUGGGUCUGGAACCGAACCGCAAAUACACGUUCCGUGUUCGCGCUGAGAACCAGUAUGGAGUUUCUGAUCCGCUGACCAUGGAUGACUCUAUUACUGCUAAGUUCCCGUUCACGAUUCCCGACCCGCCAGGCGCGCCGCGCGUCAUCGACUGGGACGGCACGACGGCCUCGCUCGUGUGGGACCGGCCUCGCUCCGACGGCGGCUCCCGCAUCCAGGGCUACAAGCUCGAGUUCAGAGACGUCCGGGACAAUGUAUGGAACAGCGCCGAUUAUCUGGUCAAGGACUGCAACUACCAGGCAUACAACCUCGAAGCCGGAUGCGAGUACGAGUUCCGCGUCCGCGCGAAGAAUGCCGCCGGGUUCAGCAAGUACUCGGCCAGCUCGCAACGCUUCAAGGUCAAGCCCAGCUGCGGACCCCCCGGACCGCCGAGAGCCCCUCGUGUUGUACGCGUGGGCAAGAACUAUGUGGAUCUCAGCUGGGACCCGCCGGCGAACGAUGGAGGAUCCCGCAUCACGGGCUACAUCAUCGAGCGCCGCGACGUGGGUGACAGCGUUUGGGUGAAAUGCAACGACUACAAUGUCGCCGAUACCACGUUCACUGCGAUGAAGCUUAUCGAGAAGGCCGAUUACGAGUUCAGGGUUAUUGCCGUUAACAGUGCCGGAAAAUCCGAGCCGUCAUCAUGCACAACUCCAGUCCGCACUGGCGAAGAGAUCGGAGGCACGAAGCCCGAAUGGGUGAAGAUGAUGCCGCCGCACAUGUGCGCGCCGCUCGGCAGGCCGUUCACUAUUGAAUGCGUCGCCACUGGCAACCCCAUACCUACUGGCAGAUGGCUUAGGAAUGGCAGAGAAGUCGUGCUAGGAACCAGAUUCAUCGCAGAGUCCCGCGAGGGCGUGCUCAAACUGAACAUCACCGAGGCCGCCGACGCGGACGAGGGUGAUUACACGUGCGAGGCCGUCAACAACAUCGGCUUCAUCUACUGCAUCGGUCACCUUAAGAUCGGAAAUCCUCCGCGCAUCACCCGCAUGCCGGGCGACUUGCACCUCCCCGAGCACGACAACACCAAGAUCAAGAUCCUGUACACCGGCGACCAGCCCGCCGACGUCACGCUCACCAAAGAUGGCCGCGCCGUCAAGGAGUCCCCGCAUCUCAAGUUCACCGUGUUCGAUGACUACAUCCUCAUCUUUAUCAAGGAUAUCAGCAAGGAUGAUAUGGGCACAUACAAAAUCACCAUCAAGAACAACUCCGGCGAGACCUCAGACACGUUCUCUGUCACCGUCACCGGCCUGCCCGGACCGCCACAGGACCUCGUACCGAGCGACGUUACCAAGCAUUCGUGCACUCUCACUUGGAGGCCGCCGAGCUACGAUGGCGGCAUGCCUGUUACGCACUACGUCGUCGAGCGUAACGAUACCUCUGGAACCGCCUGGAUCACAAUCGCGUCCUCAGUCCGAGACACGCGUUUCACCGUCCAGGGUCUCACGGAGGGCCAGGAGUACAACUUCAGGGUCCACGCCGCCAACGAAAACGGACAAGGACCCGCCUGCGAUGCCGCCAACCCGAUUAGGGCUAAGGCACCGUUCGACCCGCCGUCUGCUCCCGGCAUUCCGAAGAUCAAGGAGGUGGGAGGUGACUUCGUACACCUUGAAUGGGAGAAACCCGAGAGCGACGGAGGCGCUAGGAUCCAAGGUUACUGGAUCGACAAACGCGAGGUCGGCACGUCGACCUGGCAGCGCGUGAACCCGACGCUCUGCCUGCCCAACCAGUACAACUGCUCCAACCUGAUCGAGGGUCGCCAGUACGAGUUCAGGGUCACCGCUGUCAACGAGGCCGGGCCCAGCCCGCCGUCCACGGCCAGCCAGGAGGUCAAGGUCGUGGACCCGAGAGCUGCCACUCCGCCGGAGAUCGUGAAGCCUCUGAAGAACGCCAACUGCAUCCAGUACCACAACGCGAAAUUCACUUGCACCAUCACUGGCUUCCCCAAACCUACCAUCAGUUGGUACAAGGGCGCCCGUGAGAUAACCAACGGUCCUCGCCACCGCAUCUGGAGCGAGGGCGAUAACCACUUCCUAACGGUUGUGGACGUCUUUGGAGAGGAUGCGGACUCAUACGUGUGCCGCGCUGUUAACAGAGCCGGCGCUAAGAGCACGAAGGCUGAGCUGCUUAUUAUGACCGCACCUAAACUGAACGUGCCACCUCGCUUCCGCGACACUGCCUACUUCGACAAGGGUGAAAACGUGGUGAUCAAGAUUCCGUUCACCGGCCACCCUGUGCCCAAGAUCACGUGGGUGCGCGAAGGAGAGACCAUUGAGUCUGGACACCAUUACCAUGUGGAGAGGAAAGAACGUCACGCGAUCUUGACGAUACGCGACGCAAGCAAGAUGGACUCUGGACCAUACAGAAUCACAGCCGAGAACGAACUUGGAUCAGACUCGGCUAUCAUCAACAUUGAGAUUAGUGACCGGCCCGACCCGCCGCGCUUCCCAGCCUGCGACAACAUCGGCGUGGACUCCCUGGCGCUCAGCUGGAAGGCACCAGUCUGGGACGGAGGCUCCGACAUCACCAACUACCUGGUCGAGAAACGAGAGCACCCCAUGUCCAGCUGGAUACGCGUCGGCAAUACCAGGUUCACAACGAUGGCGAUAACCGGCCUCGUCCCGGGCAAGCAGUACGAGUUCCGAGUGUACGCCGAGAACAUCUACGGCCGCUCCGAGCCCAGCGAGCCCACGGGCCUGGUGCAGACCAAGGCUGUCAUCAAGAAGGAGUUCAAGAAGAAGGAAUACCCUGUGGACGAAACCGGCAAGCGCAUCCGCUCGAACGCCGACCACGGUCCUGUCAAGGAUUACGACAGCUACGUGUUCGACAUUUACAGCAAAUACGUGCCGCAGCCCGUCGACAUCAGCACGUGCUCCGUGUACGACAAAUACGAUAUUCUCGAGGAGAUUGGCACAGGUGCCUUCGGCGUCGUGCACCGCUGCCGCGAGCGCUCCACCGGCAACUACUUCGCGGCCAAGUUCAUUCCGUGCACCGGGGCGAUGGAGAAGGAACUCAUUAAGAAAGAGAUAGAUAUCAUGAACCAGCUACAUCAUAGGAAGCUGAUCAAUCUGCAUGAUGCGUUUGAAGAUGACGAUGAGAUGGUCUUAAUCUUUGAGUUCUUGUCCGGAGGCGAGCUAUUCGAACGCAUCACCGAACCUGGCUACAACAUGUCCGAGGCCGAAGCCGCGCAUUACAUGAGACAGAUCUGCGAGGGAGUGAGACACAUGCACGAACAGAACAUCAUCCAUCUCGACCUAAAACCGGAAAAUGUUAUGUGCCAGACGAGGACAGGAACAGACGUUAAGAUCAUUGACUUCGGUCUAGCCACAAAAUUAGAUCCGAACGAAGUGGUCAAGAUCUCAACGGGCACCGCCGAGUUCGCGGCGCCCGAAAUCGUCGAGAGGGAGCCGGUCGGCUUCUACACAGACAUGUGGGCCGUUGGUGUACUUUCAUACGUGCUACUCUCCGGCCUAUCGCCGUUCGCCGGCAACAACGAUAUCGACACGCUGAAGAACGUGAAGGCGUGCGAUUGGGAGUUCGACGAGGAAGCGUUCCAACAUGUUUCGGAUGACGCUAAGGACUUCAUCAGACGACUGCUAGUUAAGAAUAAGGAAAAACGUCUAACGGCCCACGAAUGCCUGCUCCACCCAUGGCUGGCCGGCGACGCAACAUCAUCGCGCACGGCGACCAUCGAAGCUCGCAGAUACGAGAAGAUGCGCGACAGGCUGCGCAGCCGAUACGAUAAUUGGGCCGGGUUCGCGCUGCCCAUCGGCAGGCUGAGUGAGUACAGCAGCUUGAGGAAGCUGCUGAUUGAGAAGUGGAAGAUCUACGAUGGACAGUUCGACCGCAGACAAGCGGCGCCACGCUUCGUAAUCCGACCGCAGUCCGCCUUCUGUUACGAGGGCCAGUCGGUGAAGCUGUACUGCCGCAUCAUCGCCUGCGCCACACCCACCGUCACGUGGUCGCACAACAACCACGAGCUCAGACAGUCCGUCAAGUUCAUGAAGAGAUACGCUGGCGACGAUUACUACUUCAUCAUCAACCGCGCCAAGCUAGAGGACCGCGGCGAAUACAUCGUCCGUGCGGAGAACCAUUACGGUUUCCGCGAAGAGGUUGUCUUCCUAAAUGUACAACCGGUCCCGAAGGUCCAACGCCAGCACUUGCCCGAGGCGCCGCGGCGGCGCUCCGCCCUCCCCUACACGUUCUGGCAGGAGACGAGCGAGACGGCGCCAGUAUUCACCUUCCAGCUGCGGCCGCGCGUCAUGCAGGCGCGCGACACCUGCAAGCUGCUGUGCUGCCUCAGCGGCCGCCCGACGCCGACGGUCAAGUGGUACAAGGACAGAAAGGAACUAUCCAAGUUCGAUUACUCGAUGACGAACUCGGACGGCGUGGUCACGCUUGAGAUCGUCGACUGCCGACCAGAAGACAGCGGGAAAUAUACUUGCAUCGCUACCAACUGCCAUGGCACUGAUGAGACGUCAUGUGUCGUCAUUGUUGAAGGCGAAGUAGUGAGCGCGGAACAGGCGGCGCUAGCACACAACUUCCUCCACUCGGGCGACCGGCGUUACAUCGAGAAGCCCAUCAAGCCCGCGCCUCCGCCGAUCAUCACCAAGACUAAGGUGACGAUCGACCCGCCAGUCAAGACACACGCUAUCGCGAGGCCUAAGUUUUCACCUCAGACUUCAGUGGACGCAUCCAAGAAGAAGUAUGGCGCUAAGUUGGACUCCGACGCGUCCUCGAGAUCGAGGAGUACCACUAAGGAAUUAGUCUUGCCAGCAUCUGACUCGACAAUGUGCCUGCCGUCAUUCGCGCGAGCACUGCCCGACGUGCUGGCGGCUCGCGACGGCACACCGCUGAACCUGUCGUGCGCGGUGCGCGGCGACCCCGACCCCAGGGUCGAGUGGUACAAGAACGGCCAGCCGCUGCACUCUUCUGAUGUGAUAGACCUGAAAUACAAAAACGGAGUCGCUUCAUUGGCUAUUCAUGAGGUGUUCCCCGAAGACGAGGGAGAGUACUCCCUGAAGGCCAUCAACAGCCAGGGUCAGGUCGAGACCAAGUGCAAGGUCACCGUCAAACCGAUGGAAGGCAGCGCGGUCGCCGGUGUGAAGUCUGGCGACAAGCCGCCCAGGAUCGUGGACCACGCCGCCUCACAGAUCGUCACCGACGGAGAUGCCGUCACGCUCUCCUGCAGAAUCACGGGAGCCGAGCGUUUCGACGUAGUGUGGCUGCACAACAACAAGGAGAUCAAGCCCUCGAAGGACUUCCAGUACUCCAGCGAGGCCAACAUUCACAAGCUGAAUAUCGCUGAGAUCUUCCCCGAGGAUGCCGGCGUAUACACAUGCGAGGCGUUCAACGACGCGGGCGAAUCGUUCUCCUCCUGCACACUGGUCGUGUCCGUACCUGGAGAGACUAGUGCUGUGCCACAAUACAAGGCCUUCCCUGCUUCGUCCACCGUCGGCGCCGCCGAGCCCGCCGUCUUCACCGCCGAGCUCGACAAGCCACCGCUCCAGCUCCAGUGGCUGAAGGACGGCAAGCCCAUCGACGAGACAUCCGCUCGCUACCGCUUCACGAUGGAAGGCACGGCGCGGUACCGGCUCGAGAUCGCCGCCGCCGCCGCCGCCGACGCCGGCCAGUACUCCGCGCGCGCCGUCGGCUCCAAGGGCGACUCGCACGCCGCCUUCUACCUUAACGUCGUCGAGGCAUAACGACUGACACACUCACAUCACUAGUAUUUAAAAAAAUAUAUGACGCUACAUUGAAACCUAUUUAUUGAUGACAUUUUUAUACAAUUCGGAGUCUAAGUGUGUAAAGGAUUUUUUUUAUAAAAAAUAUAAAAGUUUAUUAAUUUAUUUAAGUUAAGUGUUACACCCUGUCGAUGCCUAUGAGAUCGCGAGAUUUCUCUAGUCACUGUUAACUAAAUGUUAAUUUAUUUUAUGUCGACGUUAUCCGAUGCAGUUUCGUUUUUAAUUUUAUUUAUUCACCUAACAGAUGUUGAAGCUUUCCUAAACGAAUUUAAGCUUGAAAUUUAAUAUAUGUGGUCAUUUGGCCUAGGUUCGAACCCGCGAUGACCCUUUCGGGGAUAUUUUCAAAGCCACCAAAAGUAUCCAAGAAACGGUCGCCGCGCACCGACCAAGUCUGUAAUAUUAUUAUUUUUAUAUAAAUUUAACUGUAUUAUUUAAUUGUACAUAAUUUAAUUUAUAUCAUGUGACCGCGUAAUUUAUAAAUAAAUAUGUAUACCUAAAAAUAAAAA